CUUCUUUGUGUCUUGCUCCAUAAACAGGCGGCAGAUGAUGACAAAGUCCUCCCUGCAAUUGACUAAAGCAUGUUUCUCCUGCGAGCGAUGGUUGGAAAUCGCAUGCGUCAAGUUUGUAUCGUCCCAUGUAGCUUGUUCUCGGCUGGUCGAUUGCAUUGGAAACCAUCCAGGGAUCGCAUGCCUUGAAUCCGCUUCUGUCGUCAUCAAAAAUGGAUUCUGUAAGUCGGGUCGGUGAGUACUUAGUGAAGGCUGUUUCCAGGCUUCAGCUGUUCGUUUUAGGCACUCAACUCGGCAUCAAUCAAACACACAUCCAACACAACAUCCUCACUCACUCACACACGCACAACCGUCCCCAUGGCUCCCCAAAACAUUCUCGUCGUCGGCGCAACCGGCCAGCAAGGCGGCGCCGUCAUCAAUGCUCUCCUCGACCUCCCUGAAGCCUCAUCGCGCUUCCACAUUCUCGCCUUGACCCGCAAUGCGCAAUCUGACCGCGCCAAAGCUCUGGCCUCGGCCCACCAGGGCGUUGUCGAGCUGGUCGAAGGAGACAACACCAACCCGCAGCCCAUCUUCGCCUCCCAGCCCAAAGGCUCCAUCGCCAGUCUCUUCGUCGUCACCACGCUGGGCAAGAUCAAUGAGGAAGAGCAAGCCAUCCCGCUCAUUGACGCGGCCGUCGAGCACGGCGUCAAGCACAUCGUCUUCACCUCAGUCGACCGCGGCGGCGACAAGAGCUGGACCAACCCGACCGACAUCCGGCACUUCCGCUCCAAGCACAACAUCGAGCUCCACUUGCGCAACAAGGCCGACAAGGAACCCGGGCAGUUCACCUGGACCAUCCUGCGCCCCGUCGGCUUCUUCGACAACAUGAACCCGGGCAUGCUCGGCUCCGUCUUCACCGCCAUGUGGGCGGCCGCGCUGAGCCCGAACACCAAGCUGCAGCUUGUCGGCGUGAGAGACAUCGGCAUCUUCGCCGCCAAGGCGCUGAGUGAACCCGCCAAGUGGUCGGGCAGGGCGUUCGCGCUGGCCGGUGACGAGCUCACGCUCGCGGAGGCGAGGGAGAAGUUUGAGAGGGUCGUAGGAAAGCCGCUGCCGCAGGCUUGGACCAUUGUCGGCAGGGCUGCGAUGUGGGGGAUGAAGGAGCUCGGGGACAUGUUUGCUUGGUUUGAGAACGAGGGAUACGGAGCUGAUAUAGCGGCCUGCAAGAGGGAGGUUCCUUCGAUGCAGGACCUCGAGGCAUGGCUGAGGGAGAGCAGCAAAUGGAUGAAGGAAUAAGCCUUUGCGUUCCCUACUUCUUGUGGGGUUUUCCCGCUUUUGUUUACUGUUCUCUCUAGUAAUGUUAAUCUUACCGUUCUUACUGCUCAAACUCAGAGAUGCUGCUUGCCCUGCUGUAUUAGGCACUUCCUGCGAACUCGCCGUUUGGAUCUCCGGUCCUUCUGUA